UGACUACACCGUACCUCCUACAUCUUCCACAUGAAUCACGAAUCAUACGGGUCUUGACGACGCCUUACCCUAAUACUAACAAAAACAGUUGGUCUAAUUUAUAAUUUGGCGUUAGAAAACACGGCGAUUGUUGAUUCCUUUACUUACCUACACGAGCACUCACUAUUUCUCGCUCUUGCUUAUGACGACAGCUUUACUUUAACUUCAUGACGAUUUUGUAGGGGGAGCUCAAUUAAGGGGAUAUAACAACAACAGCAGCAACCAUUACAUAGGCGCCCAGCAUGGCUUCAUUCAAGGAUCCGGGUGCUUCGUCCAUCACCGUCGCAGUGCGAGUGCGGCCAUUCACAAUCAGAGAAGCAGCACAAUUGCAACGCAACGAUGACGGCACUCUAUUCCUAGGAGAUGGUUCCUUAGCAGCAGCUCCUCAACCGAAGCUUAAGCAAAGUGGCAUACGCUCCGUUAUUAAAGUAGUCGAUGACCGAUGCCUAGUAUUCGAUCCACCGGAAGAUAACCCCGUGCAGAAGUUUUCCAGAUCGGUAGUGCCGAAUGGCAAGAAAGUCAAAGACCAAGUCUUCGCCUUCGACCGAAUAUUCGACGAGAACACCUCCCAGACAGAAGUAUACGAGGCUACGACAAAGACCUUAUUAGAUAGCGUCCUCGACGGCUACAAUGCGACUGUAUUUGCGUACGGAGCCACAGGAUGCGGCAAGACGCAUACAAUCACCGGAACUUCUCAGAUGCCUGGAAUCAUAUUCUUGACGAUGCAAGAGCUCUUCGAGAAGAUUUCCGACCGUAGCGACGAGAAACAUACUGAGAUAUCCUUAUCAUAUUUAGAGAUCUACAACGAAACUAUUCGAGAUCUGCUAGUCCCCGGCGGCAGCAAGCAAGGAUUGAUGCUCCGCGAGGAUUCCAACGCAGGCGUCACCGUGUCCGGACUCACAAGUCAUCAUCCAAAAGACGUACAAGAAGUUAUGGACAUGAUCGUCCAGGGAAACGAGUACCGGACGGUAUCGCCUACGGAGGCGAAUGCAACUUCAUCUCGAUCUCACGCCGUCCUUCAGAUUAACAUCGCCCAGAAAGAUCGCAACGCAGCCGUCAAUGAACCCCACACUAUGGCAACCCUGAGCAUCAUUGAUCUUGCAGGUAGCGAGCGAGCCAGCGCCACCAAGAAUCGAGGAGAGAGGCUCAUGGAGGGUGCAAAUAUCAACAAGUCCUUGCUCGCGUUAGGCAGCUGUAUUAAUGCGCUCUGCGAUCCUCGAAAGAAAAACCACGUACCUUACCGAAACAGCAAGCUGACACGCCUAUUGAAGUUCUCAUUGGGAGGUAACUGCAAGACGGUCAUGAUAGUUUGUGUUAGCCCGUCUAGCGCCCACUUUGACGAGACGCAAAACACUCUACGAUAUGCCAACCGAGCAAAGAACAUCCAGACCAAGGUGACGCGGAACGUUUUCAAUGUCAAUCGACACGUCAAGGACUUCUUGGUCAAGAUCGACGAACAGAUGGCCUUGAUUAACGAACUCAAGGCACAGCAGAAGGACGCCGAGAGAAUAUUUUUCGCCAAGUUUCAGAAGCAAUUGGAGAAGAAGAGUUGGUCUGUAAAAGAAGGUGUUCAGAGGAUCCAAACAGCAUAUGAGAAUUCACAGGCCGAGCGACAAGAAAAGGUUAACCUUAUGAAGAAGCAACGCGGUAUCGAGCGCCGUAUUGGACUAUUAUCAUCAUGGAUUGCGGCGUUUGAUACGGUUUGUGAUAUGAAAGAAGACGAGGAUGACAUGCCAUCCAACCUUACAACCAUGCGCAAAACAGCAGUAGGCAUUCAACUAGAACUCGAGGACAGCCGACAGCAUAUCCACCAAAAGCUGAACAAGAUGAAUUGGGAGCGCGCUAUUGACGGAGCUCUCCAACAUAGUAUCAGCCAACUACCUUCGGGUGAUGGACAUGCAGUGGACAACGGCGAGGUCGAAAGUCUAACAAGAGAGGCAGAAUUAUGGAAAGCCAAUUUUGCUCGAGAAGCUGAUCGCGAAGUUCUCGAGCAAGAUCGCGCAGGUGAUGCGGGCAUUAUGCAAGUCCUCUUGACGGCGCAAUUCGAAAUCCUCUCAUCCCUCGCGGAUACCAUAAAUAUGAGCGAAGAAGAGGCGGUUGCCCACGCCAAGAAUAUUAUCCACCGUUUGCUCGACACCGGGUUUACGGCUACUGCUCAAGUAGUCAAACCUGACGGAGGUAAAAUGCCAGUAGAAGCAUUCCCUCCUACAAAACGCGGGACCCCGAAACGUAAGAAGACGGCAAACCUCAGCAAAGAGGCAGUUAAACCGAUACCAAACCCGGCCUUGGCGGCUGUUGUAGCAUCUCAGCCACAGCCGAUGCCUGGGUCGCCAUUUAAGGGGUCACCUCGACGCCGUAAGGCACUCAACGCACGAAAAGGCGUCUCGUUUACCCCUUCCAAGAAGAAGUCGCCUUCCAAACGUGGAGUGCGAUGGCGCGACGACGAUGGCGAAUCUGGCACUUUAGCAGACUUCGAAAAGACUCCUCAAAAGUUCGGGUAUUCGCCGGAACGCAGCUCACCACAGAAGGCGAUACCGCAAGUUUCUGCUAUCCCGCUCAUCCUUCACAAGGAUAACACAGAUAGUGCUAAUGAGGAAUCAAGUCCUUCUCUUACUAUUCCAGAGAUAUCAAGCAUCCCCGUCUCGAAGCCUAACAGGUUUCAGGCAGGAUUCUUGUCAAAAGCUCGACCAUCGGAUGCUGGAGGCUCACCCACACCACCUACCAUCUCCAUAAACCCCACAUCAUCUUCUUCUGAGGGCGAGGAUAAGCCUAGCCCUUUGCGAAAUCUCGAUGUCUCGAGAGCAGCUAAUAUCUACUCUCCGAAGACACGCCUUUCUCUAAGCCCCUCACAAAUACCCGCACCUCGUGUAUCAUCAUUUUCGUCUUACGACGAGAACCACCCCCCUUCAUCCGAUUCAGAAAAUUCCGCGAUCAUCGACACGUCUAAGCUACGUUCGGCGAUCCACGCGAGCAAGAGACCAAAGCGUCUAUCCUCGUUAGCGGGAAGCGUAACGGGCGCCGCUUCGGCCUCUAGAAGAGUGUCGUCAAUCGGAUCCCUUACCGGCGCACACAAGACCAGCGUUAGUUACUCGGGUCCCCUCGCAUCAAGCACAAACGGCAUCUCGCGAUUACGACGUGGUAGUGCGGAGCGUCGUAGGAGCCCUCCCAUCAGCUGCUCGCCGCAAGAUAUGGGCGUAGGUCAGUCCAAGGCUUUUACGCCCGGCCAGGCUAGACGCAUGAACCUUAGCAGUAGCGUGCGCGGCAUGAGCGGACUCGCAAGCCCGAGCGAGAGAAGGGAGAGAAUGGAAGCUACUAGCAGCCGUGGCCGUCGAAUUACUAUUGGUAGUUCGGCGAUGGCUGGUGGUAGCAUGAGGAGGGACAGAGGAAGCAGUUGGCGAUGAAUUCUCCAUGAUGACUGUAUAAAUGCGGUGGAUUUAAGACAUGCACGAAUGAGGAGUCGGGUUGUGGAAUGAGCUUGUUUUUGCAGAUUGCGCGCAUCUUUGUUCCCGUUGGAAGUCUCCAGUCGAGACAGGAGUUCUGGGUGGUUCUUUUUUUUUAUUACUGUCCCAUUCUCGCUACAUCACGAUCGGUCGGCAGACAGACACGUAUAGGAGUUGGGGGGGUUCUGUAUCAAGUAAUUUUCUGUAUUAACUAGGGUCCGGUCGCAUUGCUAC